AUGACAAACGCACUAUUCCUGAGAAAGCUUCUCUUUUGGCCUCAGCCCUGGGCGGCCCAAGUCUUCAUGCUGCUGUGGGUAUCACUGCUGAUCCUGGCUCCUGUCGGUGGACUGUUUGCAACUGAAAUAAAAUCUGUAAUUUCCCUCCAUCCUCCAUGGACCACUCUCUUCAAAGGAGAGACUGUGACACUGACUUGCAAAGCAUUUCAGAUCAAUGCACCACAGAAAAUAAAAUUGUACCGUUGGUAUCUUCCUGGAGAAAUACAAUAUGAGACAACAGGAAACACCUAUGAGGUCCAUGAAUCUGGAGGGUACAAAUGCCAGGCCCAGGACUCACACUCAAGUGAUCGUGUGGACUUAAUCUUUUCUGCAGCCAACCUGAUCCUGCAGGCUCCAUCUGACGUGUUUGAAGAAGACUCCGUGGUUCUGAGAUGCCAAGCAAAGGCAAACAUAGUACUAAAUAACAUGACAUUGUACAAGAAUGGAAAAAUCCUGAAAAUCCUUAACAAAACUUCUGACUUCCAUAUUCAUCAAGCAAGUAUGAAGGACAAUGGUGAAUAUUACUGUAGUGGAGUUAAAGAUACUCACUCGGUUUCUUCGAACAAAAUUCAAAUUGUAGUCCAAGAGCUGUUUCCAAGUCCCGUGCUGAGAGCCAGCUCUACCCAGCCCACCGAGGGGCACACAGUGACCUUGACCUGUGAGAGCCAGCUCUCUCUACAGAGGCCAGAAGGCCAGCUCCAGUUCCGCUUCGUCAAACCAUCCACGAUGUCAGAAUGGAGAAUCUCCCCAGAAUUCCAGUUCUCUCCCAUACGGAAAGAAAACUCAGGGUCUUACUGGUGUGAGGCACGGAGAAUUAAUUCCCUUGUCCAGAAACGGAGCCAGAAAUUACAGAUACACGUACAAGAAAUUGUUCCUGAUAUCCGAAUACACUCCCAUCCAGAGUUCGUGUUUGAAGGUCUGGAGCUGGUUCUCAUCUGCUCAGUAAGUGGAGUUCCAAGGCCUACCACAGUCUCUUGGUACAAAAAACAACACAGACUGCGGAAGGACAGAGAGCUUCAAACUUCCUCAAAAACAGAAUUCAAGGUCCCUGUGGUGCAAAACAGCGAUGCUGGAGAGUAUUACUGUAUUGCCAGAAACGGUCGCUUUUCCGUUAAGAGCAACUCAGUGAUCAUCAGUGUGAAAGUCCCUGUGUCUCAACCUGUCCUCACUCCCAGACCUCCUGGGACCUGGACUCUUGUGAGAGAGAUGAGCCUUCAGUGUGAAGUUCAGAGAGGUUCUCUGCCCAUCAGGUACCAGUUUUUUCAUGAAGACGUGCUGCUUAAGGAGAUAAAAUCCAAUUCAGAGAGAAAAGUAUUCCAUAGAUUGUCACCGACUGAAAAGCCCUUUGGAAACUACUACUGCACAGCUGACAAUGGCCUUGGCCCUCAGAGGAGUGCGGCUGUGAUCCCUGUGUCUAAACCUGUCCUCACCUUCAGCUCUCCUGGGACCAGGACUUUUGUGGGAGAUAAGAUGAGUCUUCAGUGUGAAGUUCAGAGAGGUUCUCUGCCCAUCUGGUUCCAGUUUUAUCGUGAAGGUGUCUUGCUCAAAAGGAGAGAAGCCGUUUCAUGGAUAACAGCAUCCUAUAGCUUCUUUCUGAUCGCAGAGCAUUCUGGGAACUACUACUGCACAGCUGACAAUGGCUUUGGCCCUCAGAGAAGUGAGACCAUGAGCCUCUCUGUCACCGUGCCCGUGUCUCAACCUGUCCUUACCCUCAGCCCUCCUGGAACCCGGACUCUUGUGGGAAAUGAGGUGAGACUGCAGUGUGAAGUUCAGAGAGGGUCUUCGCCCAUCUGGUACCAGUUUUUUCAUGAAGAUGUGUUGCUCACAAAGAUAGAAGCUACUUCAUGGAGAACAAAGUCCUAUAGCUUCUCUGUGACUGCAGAGCAUUCUGGGAACUACUACUGCACAGCUGACAAUGGCUUUGGCCCUCAGAGCAGUGAGACCAUUAACCUCUCUGUCAUUGUUCCAGUAUCUCGCCCUGUUCUCAUGCUCAGGGCUCCCAGGGCCCAGGCUGUGGUGGGAGACGUGGUGCAGCUUCACUGUGAGGCUCAGAGAGGCUCUCCCCCGAUCCUGUACCAGUUUUAUCAUGAGGAUGUCACCCUCGGGAGCAGCUCAAGUCCCUCUGGAGGGGGUGCUUCCUUCAACCUCGUUCUGAAGACAGAGCAUUCUGGGAACUACUUCUGUGAGGCCAACAAUGGCCAGGGGGUCCAGCGCAGUUACACAGUGUCACUCAGUGUCAAAGUUCCAGUGUCUCAUCCUGUCCUCACCCUCAGGACUCCCAGGGUCCAGGCUGUGGUGGGGGACAUACUGGAAAUUCACUGUGAGACCCAGAGAGGCUCUCCCCCCAUCCAGUACCAGUUUUAUCGAGAGAAUGUUGCCCUGGGGAGCUGCUCGAGCCUCUCUGGAGGAGGAACAUCCUUCAACCUCUCCCUGACCACAGAACAUUCUGGAAACUACUCCUGUGAGGCUGACAAUGGCCUGGGGGUCCAGCGUAGUGAGGCAGUGUCACUCAGUGUCAAAGUUCCAGUGUCUCGCCCUGUCCUCACCCUCAGGACCGCCAGGGCCCAGGUUGUGGUGGGCGAUGUAUUAGAACUUCGCUGUGAGGCCCAGAGAGGCUCUCCCCCGAUCCUGUACUGGUUUUAUCACAAUAAUGUCACCCUGGAGACCAGCACGUCUCACUCUGGACAAGGAGUGUCCUUAAACCUCUCGCUGACUGCAGCUCAUUCUGGGACCUACUCCUGUGAGGCAGACAAUGGCCUGGGUCCCCAGCGCAGUGAGGCAGUGACACUUUCUGUCAUGGGGCUGACAGGGAGCAAAAGCAGCCUUAUUGCCACCAGUGUCACCGGGGGACUGCUCAGCAUGAUGGCCAUUGCUGCCGUGGCACUGCUGUUCUACUGCUGGCUCCUGAGAAAAGCAGGAGGAAAGCCUACAUUUGACACCUCACGGAAUCCUUCAGCCCCAGAUCCCCAAGAGUCCACCUACUACAAUGUACCAGGCUGGAUAGAACUGCAACCAGUAUACAGCAAUGUAAAUCCUAACAGAGGAGAGGUGGUGUACUCGGAAGUCUGGAGUGUGAAGAAGGAGAACAAACUCACAGCGGCCUCUGAACCAGAGCCUUUUAAGAACACGGAUUCCUGUGUCAUCUACUCCCAGGUGAAGGGGGCUUCCACCGCAGCCUCUAAGCCCCAGUUCUUGGAUCCAUUGACUCCUCACAGAUGA